AUGGAACCACCAGGCUGCAAUUUAAAUGAAAACAACAUUGAAGACGUUAAAAAAAUACUAUGGAGUACUUUGUUAUUCAAUUAUUCGAGUCAUUCUUUGUGUAACCGUAACUUUGAGACGGAUAGGUUUCUAAAAUUUUUACUUUUUUACGUAACUUCUGUGUGGAUAGGAUAUGAUUUAGACUGUCAAACUAUGAUUCAGUGGCAGGAAAACGAGUACAGAUAUCUAAAGAAAGAUUUCCAACAUGCCAUCAUAGCACUGGGGAGCUUUUUGGUUGCGAUACAAUUCUUAUGGCUGUUUAAAUUGAUAAAACAGGAAAAGUUUACGGAAUUUAGAUAUAAAAGAGGAGACAGGCCAAGUGGCAUCAAACGCGCCAUGAAAAAGUUCCUGUACACACCGAUAAAAACCUAUACAUUUUCGCCAGGGUCUUUAGGAAAUAUUUUGUUAAAUUCCCCUACCUUUCGGUUUUCGGCUGUCGUAAACUGGACAAUACUACUUUUCAUUGGUUUAUACAGAGUUCUUUACAGGCAUGCAAUAGCAGAAAAACUCUUUCAUGCACACUUUAUAAUGUAUUCAAACGAACCACUCUGCGACUUAGUAGGGAGUAGUACAUCGUGUACCUGUGAUCUGAUUUUCAUGAUGGUCUCAAGUUACUUAGUUGUUUUUAUUGCGACUGCUUAUUAUGAAUAUAUUCCUCCUGGUGACAAAAUUGAAAUUUUUAAAAAGAAAUGUAAAUUUUCGAAAUUACCAGAAUAUUUUAAAAACAAAUUUAAUAGUGGUAAAUAUCUUCAAGAUGGGUGGAAAGCCAAACUGAGGAAUAUAUUAUCCAAAGCCCAGUUGCAGAAUAUAACAUUUAUUCUCGGUCUUCCCAUUGCUACAAUAUUAGUUGUAGUUGGUUUAAUUAUUUUUGCCGCUUUUUACCUUUUAAAAAUCCUAAUAGAGGGGUUACUCAUACCACAUUUAUUUUUUCGCAAAUGUAAUUCAAAAUCAAAAUGGUGGAUAAAAGUACUUAUAAUGAUAACCUUCCCGAUAACAUUACGUCCCAUGAUCAGUUCUCUCCUCUUUAUUUUAAGAUCCGCAACUUACAUUAUUUUCGUUUUGCUUCCCCUACACCAACAAUUACUUCGAAGUUUCGUUGUGGGGAUGUCAAUAAUAGUAUAUGCUAUAAAAUAUGAAAUAGAAAUGGUUGAUCUGAAUGCUAAAAUUCUUCUAGAAAUUUUAAAGGAUCAAUCGGAACCAUAUAUAGAAGAGAAAUUUUACACUUUUGUUAAAAAAGGACUUAAAAGAUCUCUCAAGAAUGUGAAAUUCUUUAUUUGUAAAUGUUUUCUUGCCUUUAUAUAUUUUCUCAUCACGCUUCAAACAAUUUAUAAGAGCAAAAACAGUACAGGACAUCAAGAAUUUUUUCUAAGUGUUUUUGUUAUCGGUUUACCUUGGAUAGCGGAUGCUUAUUUUAAUAGGAAGACUCUUACGGAAAAAGACAAAGAAAAUAUCGGGUCAUUAGUAGAAAAGUAUAAAAAGCAAUCAGGUCUGAAUGUCCCCUAA